CCCUCUCGGCCCCGGAGCGAGCUCCCGAGCGGCGCCCGGAGCGGGUGCUGGUGAAAUGGACCCGGUGACCUUCAAGGAUGUGGCAUUAAACUUCACCAAGGAGGAGUGGACCCUGCUGGCCCCUAAGCAGAGGCGCCUCUACAGAGACGUGAUGCUGGAGAACCUGCGGAACCUGGCCUUCGUAGGUGAGGUUAUUGAACAGAAAACCAAAGACUCUGUCCCUCUGCAGGACAUUCUUGCUAAAAAGCCAUUUCGUGAAGCCAACAGAAUGUGUCUCACGAGCAACAAUUCCACCUCAGGGGGAGACUCGGAAGACCACAAAACAGAGGAGCCACACAAGCAGAGGGGGCAAAAAGAGAAGCGUGUGGCUAUUGCCCGAGAGAAAGCUGAGCCUCUGGUUCAAGUCUGUGCAUAUCCUGAAACGAGGGAGAACCCUGAACCAAGCUCAAAGCGUGUGCCUUCACGGGGAGAUUCCACCAGAAAAUACAUCCCCCAAAGUAUUUUGAAGCAAAAUUGCAUCUUAACAAGUAAUCGCAAAAGCUCUGAAAACAGAAAGGAUGAUAGAGGAUGGAGGCACCGCAAUCCAUCAGCCGCAAAUGUGAGAACUCCAACAGAGCUGACAUCAAGCCCGUGGGUUGACCAUCAGAACCGUGUGCUUCUUACACACAAUAAAAUGUAUAUGGGGGGAAAUGUCCAUGAAUGGAAUCCACUUGGGAAAGUCUCCCCGAAAGACCGUGUCCUUAGAGCACACGAGACUCACUUUCAAGAGAAAAUUUAUGUGUCUCGUGAGUACGAAAACAUCCUCCAAAGGAACUCGAUCCAUGGUGUGCAGAUGCAAUCUCACACAGCAGAGACAGGUAAUGAGAAUAAUCAACGUGGGAAAACCUUUGCCCACGUUCCAAAUUCGGAGUCACAAGGAAGCAGCACCAGGAUUCGAGAGAAAAGCUAUAAAUGUCAAGAUUGUGGGAAAUCCUACGCUUAUCAUUCAUUCCUGGUGAAACACAUGAGCAUUCAUACUGGAGAGAAACCCUAUAAGUGUAAGAAAUGCGGGCAAGCAUUUCGAUAUUCCUUACACCUUAAUAAACAUUUAUUAAAGCACAUUGUGGAGAAGUCCCAUAAAUGUAAGGAAUGUGGGAGGGCCUUCCAUAAGGCCUGGAACCUUACCAUACACACAAGGAUUCACACUGGAGAGAGGCCCUAUAAAUGUAAGGAAUGCGGACGAGGCUAUACCAAUAAUUCAGCGCUGAAAAGCCAUCUCAAGAAGCACAACUGAGAGAGGCCCUCGGAAUGAAAGGAAUAUGAAGAAAGCUUUCUUUUUCUCAAAAUCCUGAGCCCAUAUUGGAAGAGAACUCAGUAAUUUAAUGUGCAGGGAGAAGUCUUCCAGGAACGCUUGUAUCUUACAGAAAUGGGAACAUUCACACUGGAAAGAAAGUCUGUGAAG